AGAACAACACUGAUCCCCGUUCUUCACAAACUUCUUCCGAAAUUCCUCCAAACAUCAAAAGCAAGAAAUAGAAAAAAGAACCAGAUCAAUGGCUGCUGUGGAGCCUUUGCAAGUCUGUGUCAAAGAAGCUGCAGGCGUUCCUGGUGUCCCUGGAGACUGCCCUUUCUGCCAGAGGGUUCUUCUAAGUCUAGAGGAGAAGCAUCUCCCUUAUGAGGCGAAGCUGGUCAACCUCAGUGACAAGCCCCAGUGGUUUUUGGAGAUUAGCCCUGAGGGAAAGGUGCCUGUAUUGAAAUGGGGCGAUAAAUGGGUACCUGAUUCUGAUGUUAUCACGCAGUUGAUCGAAGAAAAAUAUCCUGAUCCUCCAUUGGUUACUCCACCAGAAUAUGCAUCUGUAGGAUCCAAAAUAUUUUCUUCUUUUAUCAAGUUUUUGAAAAGCAAGGAUCCUAGUGAUGGCUCAGAGCAAGCAUUGGUGGAUGAAUUGAAGGUGUUGGACGAGCAUCUCAAAGCACAUGGCCCAUAUAUUGGAGGCGAAAAUGUUACUGCAGCUGAUUUGAGCCUUGGACCUAAGCUAUACCAUAUGGAGAUUGCACUUGGACAUUUCAAAAGCUGGACUAUUCCGAAGGAUUUGGUUCAUGUCCAUAAUUACAUGGAGCUGCUCUUCUCGCGCGAGUCAUUUGUAAAGACUAAGGCAGCCAAGGAGUACGUGAUUACAGGGUGGGCGCCCAAGGUCAAUGCAUGAAUCUGGAUGCUGUGCCCUUAACAUGAUAUUAUGAAUGCCAUAAUAGUCUGUGGUAGGUGAACUGUGGAAACGCCUCUGGAGUUCCUUCUAUCUGUUUCCAUCUGAUAUAUGUAUGACACCGUCUAUGCUGAGAAUCUGUUAGUAGCAGUUAUGCUAGUGUUUGUUAAAAUUGAAAACCCUGUCUGCCUUGG